AUGCUUGUCACCUUGGUCUGUGCCCCAGUGCGGUAUGCGGCUCCUGAGAUGACCACCGGCUACAGCAGUGCAGUGACGUACGAGCUCUUCUCUCGGGAUCGUCAACCUCUGCUGUCGCGAGUCACUCCCGAGGCUGAUCCUACUGGGGAUUACCAAAGGGAAACUCAGAGAGCACUACCGCUGAAGUCUGGAGAUAAUCAAAUGGACAAUGCACUGCUUUUCACUUUAGUGUACGAUGUUGGAAGGGGCAUCCCGGGGAACUCGGAGUAUUUCAAUGAUAUUAAGGCCUUUGUAGUGGUGGUGGAUUUGUCGCGAAUUUGUGAAUCUAUUGCAAGCCCUGAGGUUCCUAGAGACACUUUCGGAGAAGGACGAUGCGCCUCGGAUAGCAUUUCUGAGAAGUAA